AUGGAAGAUCUCCCUAUUGUGCAAGUUUCAAAGUCAACCCACCUUCUACACUUUCUGUACCAUGUGAUCGUGCCCAAAUCAGAAGAACAAUCUGAGAUUAUUGAAGUCGAAGAACAAAUCAUCGAAGCCACGGAGAUAAAAAAAAUGCCUUCUGAGAAAUCAAGCAUUGUUGGACAACUGUUUGAUGAGGCUUGGAAGCUUCUCUUGAAGCUAAACAGUGGACCGGUAUACCUAAUCAAAAGGGUAGUGUCUUCUAGACCUGUCAAAGUCAUAUUAAGACUUCCAUGGACAAUCCUCUCUAACCUUCCUGUUCUCAAACUCUUGAAACAACCCGUUGAAAUUUUUCUCUCCUCUGAAAGCAACGAGAACGAGUCCGAAAAUGAGAAAUCAAGCUCGAAUAAUGCCAUUAACAGGCCUCCAUUGGUUAAGGAAAGUAAAAUCCCAUCCGUCAUCGAGUUAUCCAAAGCCGGUGUCAAAUUCUUACCCAUGAAUGGAUGUGUCGCAACCAUUAGUUUCGACAUUACAACAGCUAAGUUUUACCUCCCCACCGUGACCUUAGAGGUGAACACGAAAGCAAUUAUGAGAAACCUGGUAGCAUACGAGGCCUGCAAUGCAUCAGGGCCGUUGAUUUUUACUCGAUACACUAAAUUAAUGAAUGGAAUUAUCGAUACUGAAGAGGACGCGAAAUUGCUUGGAGAAGAAGGGAUUAUUUUGGACCAUGUGAAGAGCAAUAAAGAAGUGGCUGAGUUAUGGAAUGGGAUGAGCAGGUCUGUUAGGUUGACUAAAGUGCCAUUCUUAGAUAAAGUGAUUGAAGAUGUGAACAAGUAG